AUGCCGAUUAAGGAAGGUGAUCGAACAAAGUGGAUUAUGUUUGAAACAGGUCCUUACAGUUGUUAUCCAAUUCUAGAGACAAGUCUCAAGGAAAAAGGAAUUGCUAUUGAGGAUAUCACCAAAGUCUUUGUGACCCAUAUCCACCUUGACCAUUCUGGGGGGGCAUGGAAAUUAGCGGAAAGUGGAACUGAUAUUUAUGUUCACCCUAUUGGAGCUCCCUUCAUGGUCGAUCCCACAAAGUUAGUGGAGUCGGCUUCUCGCAUCUACGGGGAUCAGAUGGAAACAUUGUGGUCAAUGGUGAAAGGAAUCGACAAAAAAAAGGUUUUCCCUGUAGAUGACGGAAAGGUUUACUACUUUAAAGAUCUAGAAGGAAACGAAUUUUCUGUCCAAGCGCAUCACAAUCCAGGGCAUGCAAGUCAUCACAUUGCAUGGCAAGCUGGGAAAAUCCUUUUUGCGGGGGACGUUCUUGGUAUUCGCAUUGAUAACUGCCUAGUAGAUGUUCCUUGUCCGCCGCCUGACUAUCAUCCUGAAUUAUGGUUGGAUUCAAUAACUAAAAUUCAAAAACUGGAUCUGGAUGAAGUGGUGCUAACCCAUUUUGGAAGUUUCACAGACAUUGAUCAUCACAUUGACCAACUCAAAAACCGCAUGCGAAAAGUCAUGGAUUGGUUUCGCAGGCAACUUAAGCAAUCCAUCACGCGUAAUGAAGUAGAGAAGCAAUUCAUUGAUUUUAUUAAACAAGGUUACAUUCAAAACGGCAUGACAGAAAAGGAUAUUGAGAAUUAUAUUAAUAUCAACCCCCCCUUCAUGACAGUGAUGGGAGUGCUUCGCUAUUUGAAAAAGUAUGAGGAACUUACCUGUAGUGAUAUUUAG